AUGCCUUUCAAGCUCCAGCUCGUCACUUUGCUCUCUCUCCUUGCCCAUGAGGCGAGGACCCUUUCCAUUGGGCAAUUCGGGGUCUCGAUCACCACAGCAUCCCUAACAGAUCACUUACGCCUCGACCCCUUCGCCCCCUCAUCUCAAACCCGGGAGAUUAUGAUCUCAACUUUCAGUCCGGCUGCCGACACUUGCUCUUCCUUCAGAGAGACACCGUACAUGCCGCCAAACACUGCUCGCUUCGAAGGCCUCAAGCUGUCUACCGCCUAUGGCUUGCCUGCCAACUUCUUCACCAACCUGACAAUGACGACGGCCUCGCCGUCCUGCAAAGUUUCGGCCAACCGCAACCAAUCCACUAUUCUUUUCUCACCUGCACUCGGCACAUCCCGCCAUUUCUACAACAUCCUCGCCGCUACCCUCGCCAGUCACGGUCACGAAGUUGUCACGAUUGACCACCCGUAUGAUGUUGACGUCGUCGAAUUCCCGAACGGUACAUUGGUCUACGGUCUUGACUUCAGCGAUGCGCAAAUUCCACUGCUUAUCGAGACUCGUGCUCUGGAUAUACGCUUUGUACUGGAUACGCUAAGGAAUGGUGCCGGCUGCGGAAGAGCUAGGAUGUCAGCACCAAUCGCGCUGGCAUAUGGACAUUCAUUGGGCGGCGCGGCGGCACUCGUUGCUGCGGCGGAAGACAGUCGGCUGCGCGGAGGAGUAAACAUGGACGGCUCGGUGAUUGGAGGUCUCCCACAGAACAAGUCUGUAACGCAGCCGGUGCUGUUCUUUGGACAUGAGGGGAAGAACUUGACUACAGAUGAGACUUGGGCAUCUGUAUGGCCGAGUUUGAGCGGCUGGAGGGAGUUGAUUACGUUGGAAGGAUCGCAGCAUUACACCUUUUCGGAUUUGCCGGCCUUGGUUGCCAGCUUGGGGCUCAAUGUGACGGGAUCAGAAGGUAUUCAAGGUAUGCUGGGAUCUAUUGACGGCAAGGAAGCGCUAGAGACCGUGACCGGUGUUUUGGAUAGCUUUUCUAAGCUGGCUGUUGGGACGAUAGGAGCCGAGGACUUUACCGCUGUCGUUCAAGGGUACAGUAAGAUAGAUAUUGUCGAGCCUUAG